CACUGAUGAUCACUGUGCCCUAAUGAUCAGUGUAACCCCAGCAGUUCCACCUGUCAGUGUCCAUCAAUGCCAGCUGUUAGUGCUCAUCAAUGCCACCUGCCAGUGCCCAUCAGUGCCUCAUCAAUGCCACAUAUCAGUGCCCAUCUGAGCUGUCUUUCAGUGUCACCUAUCAGUGCCAUGCCAGUCAGUGCCAUCUAACAGUGCCGCCUAUCAGUGCCAUAUAUGAGUGUUGCCUUUCAGUGCCCAUCAGUGAUGCCUGUCAAUGCCCAUCAGUGCCACCUACCAGUGCCUCCUCAUCAGUGCCCAUCAGUGCCACCUAUCAGUGCCCAUCACUGCCACCUAUCUGUGCCCAUCACUGCAUCCUCAUUAACGCACAUCAGUGAAGGAGAAAAAUCACAUAUUUACAAAAUUUUAUAA